AUGGCGAAAGCUGGACCUCCACAAGGAGCUCCUCCAUCUGUUGCACCUCCUAGUUAUUCAUCAAGUGUCCAAGAUCCAUCAAAAGGAUACCCACAACAGGCAGGACCUGCACCUUACCCUCAGCAAGGCAUUGUCUAUCCCUAUGGUCAACCCGGUUAUCCAGUUCAAGGUUCUGCAACUGGUUAUACCAGUCAAGGAGUUGGUGCUGCAUUUAACCAACAUACUCAGACCACAAUAAUUACUCAGCAACCUGGCGGUGUUAUUGUACAAAAUGUCCUUCCACCACCGGAUUAUUUGGCUGUGUCGAUUGUCAGCGCAUUUUGUUGCUUCUGUAUUGGUGUGUUUGCAAUACUCAAAUCAUUGAAGUCUCGUGAUAUGUAUAGUAUGGGCGACAGUGCACAAGCCUUGCAAUUUGGAUUGGAAGCCAAGAAGCUUGCUCACAUUUCGAUAUUUGUUGCAAUAUGUACCUAUGUGUUCAUUGUGGUACUUCGCAUUGUAUUGUCUGUGACAUUGAACGAUUGA